AUGAGUGUUGUUACCAACCUGUCAAAGAAGACGUUAACUGAUGCUCAGAUAUCCCUGCUGUCGAAGGGACUGAAGUUCAUACCGACUAGAAAAACAAUAGACAAAGGAAAAUUACUUACAGACUUGUCAGCGUGGGAACGCCGUAUGCGCUUAAAAGAAUAUUUCUAUUCAGAAGACGCUGAACAUAGAACCAGGGAAGAUGAGCAUCAAUACAAAAAGAAGACCUCGACGUGGACUCCAAAGGCUGGCCGCGACAAAUGGCAGGACACAUAUAUACAAGCGGUCAAAGACGACAUCAUUUGCGGAUUAAAACGAAAAUUUAAAUAUAAUCUAAGCAAAUCGGAAGAACAGGCAAUCAAAGAAUUACUCCACGACGAUGACAUAGUAAUUCGCCCUGCCGACAAGGGGUCGGGGAUAGUGAUAAUGGACAGGGAAGACUAUGUCAAGAAGAUGAAGUGUGAAAUGUCGGACAGUGAGACAUACGUCGCGGUGACGGAUGAUAAAACAAGGAUUGUGGAAAACAAAGUGAAGAAAGUGGCCGAUACCCUAUACAAGAAGGGGUCGAUCGACAGUGACCUUAAACGGUAUCUCACCAGCGGCGGUGGAACUUCCGGUAAGCUUCAGGGCAACCCGAAGCUUCAUAAACCUGGGAUGCCUCUCCGCACUAUUGUAAACGACCGCAAUCACCCAACAGAGAUGGCGGAAAUAGUGGAGAAUGAAUUGCGCAAUCAUGUGACGUCACUUCCGUCGUAUUUGAGAGACACAUUCGACUUACUAAACAAAAUAACACAGCAGCCGUUACCAGACGGUACCAUCAUAUUUUGUUUGGAUGAAAAGGCUCUUUACCCCAGCGUACCAAGAGAAGAAGCCCGUGCUGCAGUAAUUGAAGCUCUCAAUCGGCGAAUGCAACCGGAAGUACCAACCAACGACAUGAUCACAAUGAUGGACACUGUUCUAAAUAACAACACCAUUUCAUUCAAUGGAGACCACUACAUGCAAAAUGAAGGAACUGCUAUAGGAUCGCACUUAGGAAUGAAUUACGCAUCGACCUACAUGGGAGCCUGGGAGAGGGAGUUAUUUUCAAAAUCAAAUAAACAUCCAAUAGCCUACUUCCGGUUUGUUGAUGAUGUUUGGGGCUUGUGGACACAUGGUUUGGAGGCUCUAAAGACAUUCCAUGCGGUUGCAAAUGAAAUCCAUCCACGCAUACAGCUAGAGCUCCGCUACUCCACAGAGCAGCUCGAAUUCCUAGACACCAUGACGUCUAUUCGAAAAGGAAGGCUGGUUUCAGACCUAUAUACCAAACCAACAGAUCGGCACCUCUACCUGCACAUGGACUCGUCGCAUACCGAGUCUACGAAGAAGGCCAUUCCGAACGGCUUAGGUGUGAGGCUGAAAAGAAUAUGUUCGGAAGAGACGGACUACAAAAAACACAGAGAUAAAAGAGCAACUACAGAAGCGAGGAUACAAUGGCCGAUUCGUCGAGACAGAGCUGAAGAAAGUUGA